CCAGCGAGAAUGAACAAAACGGUCGAUCCAACGGCUCGACACCUCGUCCAGAGAGUGGAUAUUUUAGCUUCCAGGAGGAACGAACGAUGAAGUCGAUCGAGAGCAUGAAGCUCGCUCAUGGCACCCACGAUCCCAUCGCAGCCACUCCGCACACCACUCCCCGAGCGAGAGCGAACACAGUGCGAGGGAACAUUCCACCCGGGUUGGAGUUGACACCUGCAAGUCUGGAGAAGCCUGAACCCGUUCAGGAGGCUCAGCAACCAAUUUUACCCACCCUCCAUAUAGGAAGUUACGCCUCUGUUGAUGGGAUGAUGAAGCAGGCAGCCCCUGAGGCGGAUGGCGCUGAUGCUGAAGACGAAGCCGAUGCGUUCAUUACACCCGAACUUCUUGCCCUUUACGAAUCCUUUUCAAAAUGCCUGGAUCUCAGAGACAAAUACAUGAACUACUCCAUGCAACGUCUGGGCGACAAUCCCCAGCACUACGAUGGGUAUUUCACCCCCCUACCCCCCGAUCUCUGUGACGUGAAUGGUGUUCGUGAGGAUGCCACCCUUCCCUCUGACUACCCAUUGCAUUUCCCUGCCGACCCCUCACUGGAGCCUUUGGCCCAGGGACCGAACUUGUCCACGCCUUGGCGCCUAUACCCCAAGCCCCCAUCCCCGCAUUGGCACUGGUAUGCAAGGGCAGCGCCGAGUGGAGUAUCCAAUGGUGCACCGGAAGAGGAGGAGGAAUUCGAUUUCGAAAAAUGCGGCAUACCGGGGGAGCACGAGUGGAUGUUUGAGAUGGACGAUAAAGGAGUGUAUCAAGUAUAUGGAACGGAUGACCGUCAAAAGCCCCUGUUUAGGGUGCCGGACAUCCGCGAAUACUUCAUGGAUCUCGACGCACUACUAGUAGUCAUGACCGACGGACCGGCUAAGAGCUUCGCAUUCCGCCGCUUGCGCUAUUUGUCGAGCAAGUGGACGAUGUAUACUCUUCUCAAUGAGUAUCAGGAGACAGCGGAUAUGAAGAGAGUGCCUCAUAGGGACUUUUAUAACUUGCGCAAGGUUGAUACCCACGUCCAUCAUUCGAGCAGUAUGAACCAAAAGCACUUGCUGCGUUUCAUCAAGUCGAAGAUGAAGCGAACACCCAACGACACUGUAAUCUUCCGCGACGGUCGUGAAUUGACAUUGGCCCAAGUGUUCGAAUCCUUGAACCUUACUGCUUACGACCUCUCCAUCGACACCCUGGACAUGCAUGCACACCAGGACACCUUCCAUCGAUUUGACAAGUUUAACCUGAAGUACAAUCCACUUGGGGAGAGCAGACUCCGCGAGAUCUUUCUCAAGACAGAUAACUACAUCAAAGGACGUUACCUUGCUGAACUGACGAAGGAGCUGAUGACGGAUCUUGAGCAAUCUAAAUACCAGAACUGCGAAUGGCGGAUCAGUAUCUAUGGCCGUUCCCCGGACGAGUGGGACAAGCUCGCUAAAUGGGUCAUCAACAACAAACUCUAUUCUCAUAACGUCCGCUGGUUGAUUCAAGUACCACGGCUGUAUGACGUAUACAAGGCCAGCGGGCUUCUCAGCAACUUCCAGCAAAUCUUGGAGAAUCUAUUCAAGCCCUUGUUUGAGGUCACAAAAGAUCCUCGCAGUCAUCCAGAACUUCAUGUCUUCCUGCAGCGUGUUGUCGGCAUCGAUAGUGUGGAUGACGAGUCCAAGACAGAAAGACGCAUAUAUCGAAAGUUCCCAUACCCCAAGGUCUGGGACACGAAGCAGAACCCUCCCUACAACUACUGGCUGUAUUACUUAUACGCAAAUAUGUGCGCACUGAAUCAAUGGCGCAGAUUGCGUGGCUUCAAUACUUUUGUCCUCCGUCCUCAUUGUGGUGAAGCCGGCGACCCCGAUCACCUCGCGUCCGCUUUCAUGCUUGCUCAUAGUAUUUCCCACGGCAUUCUUCUGCGCAAAGUCCCCGUGCUACAGUACCUGUUCUACCUGAAACAGAUUGGCCUUGCCAUGAGCCCACUGAGCAACAAUGCCCUUUUCUUGACUUACGAGCGGAAUCCGUUCCCGGAAUAUUUCAAGACGGGGCUGAACGUCAGUAUAAGUACUGAUGACCCCCUGCAGUUCCACUUCACCAAGGAACCUCUCUUGGAAGAAUACAGUGUGGCGGCUCACAUUUACAAAUUCUCUCAAGCUUCUCUAGCUGAGCUAGCGCGGAACAGCGUGAUCCAGUCCGGGUUCGAGAUGCAGAUCAAGCGCCACUGGCUCGGGCACCAAUGGUUCCUUCCGGGCGCAUUGGGCAAUGAUAUCAACAAGACAAACGUCCCCAACAUCAGGCUGCGGUACAGGCACGACACGCUCAUGGAAGAGCUGCAGAUGCUCAGCCAAGGUAAGAAGACGCUUGUGGUGAGCAGGGGACAUGAUGGACCAGUGCAGCCGUUGACACCUGAUACCGUUGCUGCCAAGGCGAUGUCGAUCCCAAUGAAUUCGACGGGGAAACAUUAGAUGCUUGAAGGAGUAUGGGGCGCCAGAAAGGACUCAUUUAGACUUAUCC